AUGUCCCGUCGACCAGCGGGCCCAGACAAGGCGGAGCAGAACCGGGCAACACUGAAGCAACUGGUCAAGCUCGAAGCGAACAAGACAUGCUCUGAUUGCAAGCGCAACAAGCAUCCGCGAUGGGCGAGCUGGAACCUUGGCGUCUUCAUCUGCAUCCGAUGUUCUGGCAUUCACCGCGGCAUGGGCACUCACAUCUCGAGAGUGAAGUCGGUCGACCUGGACUCGUGGACGGACGAGCAGAUGCAGAGCAUGAUCAAGUGGGGCAACGCAAGAGCGAACAGAUACUGGGAACACAAGCUGGCAGAAGGACACGUACCGAACGAAGCGAAGAUUGAGAACUUCAUUCGGACGAAGUAUGACAGCAAGCGGUGGGUCAUGGAUGGGCCUAUGCCGCACCCGAGCACCCUGGACGAUGGGAACGACGACGAUGUGCCGUUGAAUGUGGUGCAAGAGAAGGUCAGGGAGAGAGAGCAAAGUGCCAGCAUACGGAAUGGCAGUGGGUCGGGAAUCGUGGCUCCUCCAACAAGAGCACCACAGAUGGAUCUAUUUGGAGACGAUCCUACACCUCAGCCUGCACGACCGAGCACGACCGAGCCUUCGGUCAGUAGACCUGGACCACCUAAAGCAGCUGCAGCCGCACCCAAGCAGACCAAGCCCGGCGAGAGCUUACUUGGCUUGGACUUCUUUGGCGGAACACAAUCAGCACCGCCGGCAAGACCGUCGAGCACAGGUCCAAGCACUCCUGGAGGCGCGCCCGAGCGAUCGAACCUCAAGCAGUCAAUCUUGUCACUCUAUGCAUCAAAGCCAGCCGCGCCUCCCUCGCAGCCUACUGCCAAUGCCUUCUCCGGGAUGCAAUCGCCGCCCCUCGCAUCGCCGACGCAGCAGCAAUCCAAUGCGCAAGCAUUGGGUGGUCUAGGAGAUGCUUUCGGUUCGCUAUCAUUUGGUGCACCAGCCGCUCAGCAAAAGCCAACCCCAUUCUCCAACUUCGCACCUCCAAGUGGCCACUCAAGACAAGCAUCCCAAGUGAAAUCUCCACCACCAUUAUCAGGCGGCGGCUUUUUCGACGCUAAGCCUGCACCACCGCCAAAGCAGAUCUCGCCUCCAGUACAGCAGCCCACAACACGACAACCGAGCAACAGCUUCGGGGCAGACUUCGGCGACUUCUCCUCUGCACCAUCAACAGCAUCCGCAAAGAGCCCUCCUGCUGCGAGCAGCUCAAUGGGCGACCUGUUCGACAUGUCAGCUCCAACACCCGCAUCAAAGCCUGCCGCCCAGCCAAAGGCCGCCCAGCCGCCACCAAUAAACUACUCUCCGUUCAACCUCUCCCAACCUUCGCCAGCUCCAGCACCGGUACCAAAGGCAGCACCGACGACCUCAAGCUUCGCCAUGAGCGGCAGCGAUGUAUGGGGCUCGAACGAUGCUUGGGCAACACCAGAUCCCGCACCAGUAGCUGCGAAGCCCGCGCCACCGCAAGCAGCCACCUCGCCUUCCACGUUCAAGUCAGCUCCUGCUCCAGCAAUGACCAGCGUCCAAACGCCAUUCGACUCUGGCUGGGGUGACCCAGAGCCGGCCAAGCCUGCUGUGUCCACCAGCGCAAGUGGCUUCUCCGUACAGCAGGAUGAAGAAUUUGGUGGCUGGAGCCACGCUAGUCCUGUUGCUACCACUUCUGGUCCUAAGCAGGGCGGUGUCGGUGGCAAUCAGGAUGAUCUGUUUGGGAACGUAUGGGGUUAG